AUGCCCACCCUUGCCUCGAGCAACAGCAACUAUAACACGGGUCCGUGCGACGUUCUGGGGUCCUUGCCUGAGCAAAGGACCGCAGCCCGAGCAAGUGUGGAGGAAGUCAACCGGGGGCUCCGGACCAUCUGGGUCAGCCUGAGCCAGAGAGCGAGGCCGCCACCGCCCGCCUCCUUCGGCGCAACCCCCCCGGGAGGAAGCGAAAAAAAGAUCCAACUAGAACACGUGGAAGGUGGUGAUCGGCCACCUCCACCCCGCCUACGAGGCUCCCCUGCCGGCCUGAGCCUCGGCCACACGUCCAUAAGCGACUUCCGUCCUGACUUAGUCGUUUGGUUUGGACCGAAAAACCGUGCUGGCGAAAAUCCCCGCGAACCCCCCCCGUUGUCCUCGGGGGGUCGGGUGCCGAAGGGGGCGAGGCGCCGGUUCGGGCCGGGGAACCCCCGCCGCCGCCCGGCAGGAGCCUUCGGAUCGCGCCCUUGUCAGACUUCCGCAGACGGAGCCUCGGUGGCUAUGGUCAUCCAAUCCGCCAGGGACCGGGGCUCCUCCCAGGCCGGUCAGGGCUCCAGGACCUCGGGCCGCAGCUGCAGCCGGCGGGGGCUCCCACAGGCAGCCCCGCCCUUCCCUCGGCAGCAGCUGGACCCCCGGGCUACGCCAGGGACCCGGCCCGUGUCAGGGCUCCAGGACCUCGGCAGCAGCUUCCAGGGACCCCUACCUUUAAAGGCCGAGUCAGGGCUCCAGGACCUCGGCAGCAGCCGCCAGCAGCAGAAGGGGACCCAGGUCACUUCCACGGACAGCCCUUGUCCCGCCUCCAGCCGAGGCAGCACCAGCCAGGGCACCGGGGCUAAAUUCCAGAACGUUCUGGGCUCCAGGACCUCGGCAGCAGCCGCCAGGGCCCGACCCUUCCACUUCCGGACAGGACUUAGCUCCAGGACCAUUAGCAGCAUGCCUGCCGCACCCGGGGCUACUUCCACGGCCGUUCAGGGCUCCAGAACCUCGGCAGCAGCUUCAGCCUCCGGGGCUCCUUCCACGGCCCCCAAAACAGGGCUCCAGGACCUUCGGCAGCAGCCCAGGGCCUGGUGGAAACGCCCUUCCACGGCCCAGGACUUAGGCUCCAGGAGCUCGGGGGGUCAGGCUACCUUCCAGGCCGCCAGGCUCCAGGCCCCGGGGCAGCCUCCUCACCCCUUCCAGCGAAAAAAGAUCCGGACCAGGGCUCCAGGUCGCGAUCGCCAGCCACCCCGCCUACGAGGCUCCCCUGCCGGCCUGAGCCUUCCACACGCCGUGUCAGGGCUCCAGACCAGGGCCUCCUGA